CCCUCCUUGUCCAUCACUCUGCUCAACACAAAACAAGUACUCUAAUCACUCACGUGUGUAUUCAACAUUGGUAUAUUCACACAACUCACAAAAUAAGGAUCCGCGCUUUGAGAGAAGAUUCGAAACUGCGAAUCUAUUGACACAGGAUGACACCUGCGGUACAUCGGCGAAUGAGGCGUCAUGGUCCGGUGUACGUUCUCGUUCUGGCAUCAGUGAUGAUGCUUGUCCUGGCUCAGGUGCCCAUUGAAAAUGAAGAGUACGAUGAACGAGGUCCAAGGGCAGCAACAACAGAGUCGGCGGCGGAUAAUGACACAGGAACUCCAUCCUGGUGGCGUGCGGGUUACGAGGGUGACGGCACGACGCACGAACAGGUUGGACAGCUGCACUGGCCUCCUGUCAUGUACACAAGGUACGAGGGGCGUCCCAACUACUCCCGGGAUCUUACCUCACCAACCAAAUCCGUGAAUUUCAUUUACAACUUUACGCAUAAUCUCUUCGAGCGGGUGUUCACCGACGACCCCGCGCUGCCACAGAAAUACAUUAUGGCGAUGGGCAAUGAUGUGGUGGCUCUGGGCCCCAAGGUGGAGCGCAACGAUUGGUCUGAUCUAUUGGCUCGCUACUGGCUGCUGCUUUUCUUCGUGAUAUUCCUCGUAGCCGGCAUCAUUCUCAUUCCGUGUAUUGGUGUAUGCUAUUGCUGUCUCUGCUGCUGUCGCCGUUGCAAGCAGGGAUGUCCGACGUGCACUAGCGCAGUGGACUUCCGGAGGCGCAUGUGUUGCGGCACGUGCCUAGCGAUCCUCGUCGUUGGCCUAUGCUUUGGUGUCUAUAUUGCCUUUGUGUCGAACAAGUUUUUGGAUCGGGGAUUCGAUGAUACUACAAUGACAAUGCGGCGCGGUAGCGAGGACACUUGCGUCUUUUUGAAGGAUGUGGCUGAUCACAUUACACAUCUUUUUUUGAAAAACUUUAUCGAACUGGAGACGCACGUGAGCGAUUUAUUAGAAAAUGCGUAUACGCACAUCUUUCUGGACCUCGCGGACACAUCCGAUAGCAAUGCGCUGGUUGAAUUGGAGCGCAUUUUGGACAACAUGCCAGCAGCCCUCAUCAUCAUGCGUCAGGUGGAUAAGAUGGAGAAGGAACUUCGCUUCUGUGGUUCCACGUAUCGAGACUGUGUUCGAGGAUUGAAGCGAGACAUCGACUAUGUAGUCGCCAAUUUAUGUUCAAGAAGUGAUUGUCACCUUUCCUAUCGUCAUAGAGACGUUGUAAGUUUGGGUCUUCCGGAGUGUCUGUACUUUGAUCAGCUUCCCAACACUACACUCUAUGUGGAGGCAAUGCAAAAAAUUAUUAAGGAUAAGUAUUUGGAGAUACCAAAGAGGGGCAUUGCUCGCCUCAGAUUAGUAAUUGACAAAAUCCGUAAACAGAUGGAACUGAUCAUUCCGCCAUUGAGGCGAGAUUUUGGCAUGGGGCGGGGUCUCGUUUUUAAAUAUGCCUCAACAAUACGCAACUUAAUUGAAGCAGUGAUCAGUGAUAUUCAUCUCAAUACGAUGCGCACGACAAAGACAUACGACGAUGUCUACGAAAAGUUUGGGCAAGAUCGCGAUGAUAUUUAUAAAUUUACAUGCGUCUUAAUAUUCAUACUAAUCAUAGUCCUGAUCUCUGCACUCUUAUGCGGCUGCAUCGGUCCAAGUCGGACGACAGCCGGUGCCUUUGGGUUUUGCAGCAAGGGUACGGGCGCCUCCUGUCUGCUCAUGGCCAUGAUUAUUAUAUUUUGUAUAUAUUCGUGGGUCACACUAAUUGGAUUAUUCUACUUUCUGAUCGGUCUGGUGACCUAUGAGGGUGCCUGCUCCCCGUCCAGCGAAGGCGACAAGAAUACACUCUUUCGGAAUCUGGACGCUUUGAUCGAUCUGAGUACAUUCUCGACGCUCGCCGAUGAUGCUUUUGUGCCACCCAUGCGUAUGUCGAGCGCCAUCAAGCACUGUCAGGCAAAUGAGUCCAUCUUUCAUCUGCUGCGUGUGAAUAAUCUUUUCGAUGUCGACGACUUAACACGCCUGCAGAUGUCACUCGAUAACGCCAAAGACACGAAACAGUUUACCGAGGAUCUAUCGCAGAUUUACAUCUUGACUGACGACGAAAAAAAGCUGCUCCGCGAGCUGAGCCACGGCAAUCUCUCGUCCUACCACUCAAGCUUAUACCUGUCAAAUUUGUGCACCCGUUUUACGUACCACGAUUUGGUACCCGAUUGGUCGGGUCCGUGGCGAAAGCUCGCCGAAGAUUUGCUUGUGAGUGACUUAAAUUAUUGGACGUACCAUGACGGUGUACCGCCCGACUAUAAAGGAUGGAAAACGUACCAUUACUACUACUGGAAUGCCCACGUGGCAUUGCAUAAUGUCCUCAUCGAUGCCGACGCCUUCUUUAACAACUUCAAUGACAAAGGCGAGGGGCUUAUUAACAAGAUUAGCAGGGACGUUCCAAAGGUCGAUAAACUUAUUUUGUACGAAAACUUAGAUUUCGGCGAUUCGAUUGAUACACUGCUCGGUGCGAUACUGUGGGGCGAGAAGUUUAUCCAAGAACGAGGCAGGGAUUAUAUUAACAAUCUAGCCCAGAAUCUUACCGACGCCAUCAACGGCCAGCUUCGCGAUUAUAUCGAUAUGAUAGUUGAUGAAUCCAACACUCAUGUCGGCCAUUGCCAGCCACUCGCCUACAUUUACUAUCGGGGCGUUAGUUUCAUUUGCGAGCGCCUAGUGAAUCCCCUUAAUAGUGCCUGGGUGGGCAUGCUACUGUGCUCCUUGCUCUUUCUGCCGAUACUCUUCAUAAGCCAUCGUUUGAUGUGCUUGUACCUGAAAAUAUAUCCAACGGCUUCUGUUGAAGAUGGUGGUCACAAAUGUCUCAACUGCGCGACGGUACAACGUGAGUAUAGCCCACGGCCGCCCGGUACUGAUUUCCCCGUGGGAUUUCCACACCCCCCACGACAUUUGGAGCGGCAACAGGAAUCAUUGGCGAAGCUGCAGAUUGAGAAGAGUAAGCGGAAGAGAGAGUAGCCCAGACCAGUGUCAUCUUUCAUCUUUCCAUGUUCGUUGAAGAAUUCUAGAGGAUUCUUGUGGAUAAUCCAGAUCCAAUUUGAUAAUUUGUUAAGGUUCUCAAAAUAUACAACAGUUACACAAUAACAAAAAAACAAAAAAACCAUUGACAAUCUUUUAGGUUCAAUUAUGAGAAUUAAGAUUUGUCUACUUGUCGUUAGUCUCUAAGAGAGAAGAUUUAAUAAAUAAAGUCCUGUAAUAAUAAAU